CCAAAGCCGACCAACGAUGAAGACGGCCAGGUGGUAGGAGACUACACCCUUGGUCGUGUUAUCGGCACUGGCGCGUUUUCCGAAGUUCGACGAGCGGUGAACAACCUAAAGGGCACCGUCGUCGCGGUCAAGGCGAUUCGAAAGGGGCAAACUCCUUCCUCUGGGACAGGUGGAUGUCAAGAACUCGCGGAAAGGGAGAGUGCACUCUGGUUCGGCUUGUCGCACGAAAAUAUUCUCCCGCUGUUUGCCACAUUCGACACCCCUUACACCGUCUAUCUCGUCAUGCUAUAUUGCCCCGCCGGAUCUCUUCUUCAGCUAUUAAAUGAUACUCACCGGCCUGGAGCGGGAUCAGGCUUACCCCAACCAGAAGCAGAAAGACUGUUCGCCCAGAUCGUGUGUGGAGUCACAUACCUCCACCGCACAGCACAGAUCGUACAUUCCGACCUCAAGCUGGAAAACGUCCUCCUCGACUCCGAGGGUCGAUGCCGCAUUGCCGAUUUCGGUCUUGCUAGGCAUAUCGGUGAUCCAGCUAUGGAGCUCGCACAUGCGGAGCAGGAGGGGGAGAGGAACGCAGCCGGUGGACUAGUGAGAGCUAGGACGUGGCAGGCGAGGCAUUCGUCCCCCGCUCCGGGGAAGCGGCGACCACUAGCAGGAGGGAGGCAGACAUUCCACCCCGGGUCGCUGGAAUACGCUGCUCCUGAACUCCUACGUCCUGCACCUUCGUUCACUUCUGUAUCGGCUUCCUCCUCCACUCCGCAUAACCCGGAAGACGUCGCUAAUCCCGCACAAGAUAUCUGGGCUCUCGGAUGUAUCCUCUUCGCCCUCCUCACCGGACUCUUACCGUUCACAGACUCCUUCCAGCCCAGGCUGCAAAUGAAAAUCGUACGCGGCACAUGGUCUGUCCCAGCGGACAUUGGCAGGCGCGCAGAAGAGCUCCUCAAAGGGUGCUUGUGCAUGGACGUGCAGGAGCGGUGGGAUGUCGGCGCUGUUGCGGAGUGCGCUUGG